GUGACAUUUUCCAGUCCUUUCAUCCAGAAAAGGCCAAAGUUUCAAACAAUUAGGAAAUUAUUCUCCACAAAACAAGGUAAGUAUAUGUUUAAUAGUGAUGUCCGAACUGUUUGCUGAACGGUUCGCCGCGGACUCAUCAUUGAGUAAACUUUGACCCUGUACCUCACAGUCAGCAGACAUAUUCCAGCCAAUCAGCAGCAGACCCUCCCUCCCAGACCCUCCCACCUCCUGGACAGCAUCCAUUGUGAAGCUGCAUUCUUAGUGAGCUGUCCAGGAGGUGGGAGGGUCUGCUGCUGAUUGGCUGGAAUGUGUCUGCUGACUGUGAGGUACAGGGUCAAAGUUUACUCAAUGAUGAGUCUGUGGCGAACCGUUCGCGGCAAACCGUUCGGCGAACAGUUCGGGACAUCACUAAUGUUUAACAAAUACACAAAUAAAGUUCUAGACUUGGAGAUUGUGUUCCUUCUUUUUUCCUUUUGCUUUUACCUUAGAAUUUUUGGAAUAUGAUGAAAGCAAUUCAUCCAUUAUUGGUCUCUGUGUAUCAUAUACAAUACUAAAGUUAUAAAAACAAAAUUAGUAUCAGCGCUAAGUGAAUAUACCCCUAAGUAAUAAACACAGCGUUCAACCAAAAAAUGUCUUAUCCAUCAAAGAGUUCCAAUUUCAGUUUUAAUAGAGGGUACUUCCAAGCAAUUCACAGGGAUUAGUUGCUGCAACAGUAGCAUAUACGGAAAAUCUGUGUCUUUAUAUGUAUCCAAAUGGUCUUGAAAAAGCUUGGUCUAACGAGCGAAACAUGUAGAUCGUGUGUCUGGUGGGACUUUUAAAUCUACAACAAUCACAGCAGUGCCUGGAAGCCGGCGUUCUUGUGAGGGACCGAUCCAAGUGCACAGGACGGUUCAAAAAGAUCUGUAUUCACGGAGCGACAGCAAGUAACUCUUCCAUUUAACACUCUGUUUGAAUUGUGCUUUAUUGUGAAACUUAGAGAUAAGCUUCACAACAUUAUAUUGUAAGAGGUUUUCUUAUGGGGGGUUUUUCACUUGGGUAAUAAAAUUGUAACAGUAUUACGCUAUGUCAGUAUCUUUUCUAUUUUAAGGUUUGGAUACAUAUAAAGACACAGAUUUUACGUAUAUGCUACUGUUGCAGCAACUAAUCCCUGUGAAUUGCUUGGAAGUACCCUCUAUUAAAACUGAAAUUGGAACUCUUUGAUGGAUAAGACAUUUUUGGGUUGAACCCUGUGUUUAAUACAUAGGGGUAUAUUCACUUAGCGCUGAUACUAAUUUUGUUUUUAUUUUGUGUCUUAUAAGAUAUUUUAAAAACUUGGGAAGGUUUUUUUAUUGUAUCUAGCAGCUUUCCAAUUUUCUGGUGGAACACUAAGUUUGGGGCAUUGUCCUAGAAAUUCCACUGUAUUAUUCUUGAUGUGCGCCCUCUAUACUGUGUUUUUGUAUUGAAUACUAAAGUUAUGUUCUGUGCUACUUUUAUAGAAGAGACCACCAAACCAGCUCCACUGGAAGAUGCAGCUAUUGAUGUUCAUUCGCUGCCAGUAUCGGAAUCUAAGAGCGUGGAGUCAUCGGCGCCGGCUGUGGAUACUGAAACAGAAAAGACCAUCCAACCAGCUCCAGAAGAGGAUGUGGUUACCGACUCUCCUAUAUUGCCAGUAGCCACUGAGAGCAUGCACCCAUUAACACCCGAUGCUUAUACCAUUACAGAAGAGCCCUUCCAACCACCUCCAGUGGAAGCUACAAAAAUUUACAAUGUACCAGUAGUGGACACUGAGAUUGUGGAGUCAUCACCACCAGCUAUCAACGCCAUCGCUGCAGAAACCAUCCAACCACCUCCAAAGGAAGCUAGAAUUAUGGACAAUGCUCCAUUGACAGUAGAGGACUCUGCGAGCAUGGAACCAUCACCACAAGCUAUUGUAAGCUUACUAGAAAUGACAAUCCAACCAGCUGUAGAAGAUGAUUUAGUUACUGACACUACACCAUUGCCAGUAAAGGACACGGACAGCGUGGAGCCAUGUAUGCCAGCUGUCGAUGAAAUUACAGAAAAGACAAUCCAACCACCUCCAGAGGAGGAUGCAGCUAUUAAUGCUCAUUCACUACCAUUAGAGGACUCUGAGAGCGUGGAGCCAUUGCGGCCAGCUGUCAAAGAUAUGGAAAAGAUAAUCCAACCAGCUCCAGAGGAGGCUGUAGUUAUUGACACGCCUCAAGUGCCAGCAGUGGACAAUGAGAAAGUGGAAUCAUCACCACCAGCUGCUGGUACUGAUAUGGAAAACAACAUCCAAACCUCAACAGAGAAAGAUGCAGUUAUUGAUGUUGAUAACAUUGUAGAAGAAACCAUUGAACCACCAAAGGGUUUAGUUCGUGACACUGUUCCACUGGCAGAAGCAGAUGUCGAAAAGCCAUCAUCAUCAGCUGGGUAUUGAGAUAUUCAUCUUUCUCAUCAAUGCUGUUAACGUAUACUGUGUGUUAUAGGAGCAUUUUGUUUUGGGUCUUUGUUUUUUCAUGGGGGAGGGGACUGUAUGUAAUUUUAAAUAUAUUUUAAAAUGUGUUCUUUUCUUUGCAGUAUUCAGCAAGGAGCUCGGCUGAGCAUUCAGGAUUUUGAUUGUCUCUGUGUGCUGGGAAGAGGAGCAUUUGGAAAG